UUGGUCAGUGUGCAAGCUUUGCGUUCUCUCCAGACCAGAGGCGUCAAUCCACCGAUCCAGGCUUGGUUGUCUACCGUUGUAUUGCUCUAAGCUAGGUGUCCAGCUUCACAACUCGGCCAUUCAUUAUUGCCGAUUGCUGACGAUUUGCCACAAUGCAGGCCGUGAACUGCCAAACACUGUCAUGGCUCCUCUCCGUAAUAGCACUCGUCCAGAGCCAAGAACAGCCAACACUACCAGUCUUCUGUCCUGACACCCUGCAACUGGAGAAUGGUAUAACACUGUUGGGUGCAGUGAGCAAUCCGGGAGAUCUGGUGGAAUGGGUGUGUAACGCGAACUACGACAUGAUUGGCGAUAACACAGCGCAGUGUCAGCUUGACGGCACCUGGUCACAGCCGAUACCAGAGUGUAGACCUUUUCAAUGCCCACAACCAGUGAUGAUUCCCGAUGGAAUUGUUAUCGUAGCCGAAAGGCCAGUUGUUGGUGACAGGGCGACAUAUGAAUGUGAUUCGGGAUUCGAGAUCGGGACCGGCGGACCUGAUAUUUUCUGUCAGCUGCGUGGACGGGAGACCUUUUGGCCAAACCCUCCAAUAUGCGAGAAUAUUAAUGAGUGCCUAAGUUCUCCCUCGGCAUCUCCGUGUCGCAAUGGAGGAACAUGCACCGAUUUGAUCAGCACCUACACUUGCGAAUGCCCGGGUGAAUGGACCGGACAGAACUGUGAAAUUCCACGUAUAUGCUCAAGACCCCCGCCAGUGGAAAAUGCAAGGACUAUCUUCAACCCGCUACUCAUCGUAGUUGGUGGCAAAGCGAGCUAUGAGUGUGUCGCUGGCUAUGAGCUGGAACAGAUAGACAACACCAUUACCUGUUUGCUUCUGGAGAACGGUGAAACAUCCUGGUCUCGACCGCUUCCCUCCUGCCGAGAGAUUGAUGAGUGUGCUCUCCAUCCUUGUCUCCAUGGAGGAACGUGCCACGACUUUCUCAAUGCACACAACUGCACCUGUCCGUUUAGCUACGAAGGUACUCACUGCGAGAUCGUUCUCGAAUGUGCUGAUCCCCCUGAAAUCAACAAUGGAGGUGUCACGAACCUCGGCAUCCCGCCAUUUUUGCUGGAAACACAGGUGCACUACGAAUGUGCUGAUGGCUUCAGGAGGUUCGGAGAAUCCAAUCUUACGUGCGUACGGAUUCGUGACAGGCAACCUGAAUGGUCCAACUCACCACCACUAUGCAGAGAAAUAAACGAGUGUGCACCUAGGCCCUGUCUCAACGGUGGAACGUGCCUAGACCAAGUCAACAACUACACGUGCAUUUGUCUGUUCAGCUACACAGGAGUGAACUGUGAAACCGUUCUGGAAUGUUCUCCUCCUCCAACCAUUGAUAAUGGUGUUGUGACGAGUCCUGAACGUCCAAUUCUGCUCGGUUCAUCUGCAAGCUACGAGUGUGAUGCGGGCUUCAGUCUUGCAGGGCGAUCUGAUAUCCCAUGCAUUCUGGUUGGUAUCUCACCGGAAUGGCUAUACCCACCGCCAGAAUGCAAUGACAUAAACGAGUGUGAACCUAAUCCUUGCCUCAACGGAGGACAGUGUCAAGAUCUAGUCAAUGACUUUGUGUGUCGCUGUCCACCUGGCUACACAGGAAAGAACUGUGGAACUGACAUAAACGAGUGUGAACCUAAUCCUUGCCUCAACGGAGGACAGUGUCAAGAUCUAGUCAAUGACUUUGUGUGUCGCUGUCCACCUGGCUACACAGGAAAGAACUGUGAAACUGACAUAAACGAGUGUGAACCUAAUCCUUGCCUCAACGGGGGACAGUGUCAAGAUCUAGUCAAUGACUUUGCGUGUCGCUGUCCACCUGGCUACACAGGAAAGAACUGUGAAACUGACAUAAACGAGUGUGCGCCUAAUCCUUGCCUCAACGGAGGACAGUGUCAAGAUCUAGUCAAUGACUUUGUGUGUCGCUGUCCACCUGGCUACACAGGAAAGAACUGUGAAACUGAUAUAAACGAGUGUGAACCUACUCCUUGCCUCAACGGGGGACAGUGUCAAGAUCUAGUCAACGACUUUGUGUGUCGCUGUCCACCUGGCUACACAGGAAAAAACUGCGAAACUGAUAUUGAUGACUGUGCACCAAACAACCCAUGUCUGAAUGGCGGAUCAUGCGUCGACCUGACACCGGGAUACACUUGUGUCUGUGCUCCUGGCUUCACUGGAGACGAUUGUCGUGAUUCUAUUGUGUGUCCCUUGCCACCAAGAGUCAUGAAUGGACAGACAUCAUGGACAUCAACCACUUACCAGUCUGUGGUGGCGUGGACUUGCAACCCUGACUACACGCUCGUUGGAGCUGACACUGCUGUGUGUAGUGGUGAUGCGACGUGGAGCAGACCACCGCCUACUUGCGAAGUGGAAUGCCUGGCUACCAUACCAGAUGACUUCCUGGAGGAUUCCCACGCUGUCUCCAGGGCAUACGGCGCACCGGACUGCGGCAAAGUUGCCGCAGACAUCAUUGUAGCCCUGGACGGCUCGAGCAGCAUGAAGCCCGCACCGCGCAGCUGGGUGCACGAGCUGAUCGAACGCGUCGACAUGGAGCUAAAGGAGCGGGGAAUCGGCCUGUCGCGCGGUCUACCGAAUCACUUCACACUUGUCGGAUUCGGCCGGCUCCACUGGAAGUGGCAGACAGGACCACUUGCCUCGCCUCAUGUUAUCACCGAUGCUGCCGGGGAGAUGGUGUACGGGAUAGAUGGGUUCAAGGAUGCCUGCAAAAAGCUUGAGACGUUUGGCUCACUGGAAGACGGCUACCUGGCAAUGAAGUUUGCCCUGCAGAAUAUUACAGAUGAACAGAGCAAGAGACAGUUGAUCCGCGUCAAACAGGACAACGUUGCUCCCAUCGUUAUUCUGAUCACCGACGAGGAUCGCGACACUCACAAGGGCGGUGAGUCGCUGACAAGAAGCCACAUCAAGCGGAUCAUGCGCAAGAGCGGUGCCCAGAUGGAAUGCAUAGUGGACAACAAGUUUCAGCCAGGCUUUGGUAUGGACGCAACGGGAAUGCUCUACACAGACAACGGACGCAGUGGCGAGUACGAGAAAGUCGACCCCGGCCAGUCCCACCGCCUCUUCCUGCACACGACGUACCGGCAGACUCGCCGAGACUACACAUCCGUGGCACUGGAGCUUGGCGGUGCUGCCUGGGAUCUCAAGCAGCUCUUCAUGGGCGACCAGCUGCAGCCGCACCAUGUACAGGCAUUCGCUGACCGUACGGCCGAGAUGGUCGAGCACAAGGUGCACAAGUGCUGUUCCUGCCAAUGUGCCACUCUCAACGGAGGCGACUACCUGCGCUGCUCUGCCGAACUGACACCCGGAACCUGCAAGAGGCGACGUCCACCCACAAUCUUCCGCACCCAGCGAGGACGUUGA